AAUUUGUUUGCCAAAAUAAAUUCACAAAUUAAAGGUGCGAAAUUUAAUAUUUUCCACAAAAAGCCAUAAAUAAAUAAUAAAAUAAUUCCAAAGCUUGAUAAAUAAUAUAAUAAAACAAAAUGCCUGAGCUCAUCGAACAAAGCAAAAUUAUCUCUGGCAAUGGUUGCGCCGCGCCCCAAUUGAACAAGCUCCAGCAGGAUAAUUGUGGUCUCUACAGCCACAUUCGCGGCAUUAGCAUCGCCUAUGGUGACGUAAGCUCCCUGACCGCUGGCGUUCGCGCAUUCGUGGAUGAGGCCGUUGCUCUCUGCCAGCCCGAUAAGGUGCACAUCUGUGAUGGCUCCGAGCAGGAGAACAAAAUGCUCAUCAAGACGCUGCUGGAAGCUGGAACCAUUGUGGGGCUGCCCAAGUACGAGAACUGCUGGCUGGCUAGAACCAAUCCCGCUGAUGUGGCACGUGUGGAAUCCAAGACCUUCAUCUGCACCGAUGAGCGCUCCGAGACCAUUCCAACGCCCCAGGACGGUGUUAAGGGUACGCUGGGCAACUGGAUCUCGCCCUUGGACAUGGAGGCAGCUAUUCAGCAGCGUUUCCCCGGUUGCAUGAAGGGGCGCACCAUGUACGUGGUGCCCUUCAGCAUGGGACCUGUGGGCUCUCCGCUCUCCAAGAUUGGCAUUGAGGUCACAGACUCCGCUUAUGUGGUGGCUUCCAUGCGCAUCAUGACCCGCAUGGGUGCUCCAGUUCUGGAGCAGCUGCGCAAGAAGGAGGAGUUCGUGCGUGCCCUGCACUCAGUGGGCACUCCAGCAUCCGGUCAGGUGGAGGUUCCCUCAUGGCCUUGCGAUCCUGAGCGCACCAUCAUCUUGCAUAAGCCUGCUGAGAACUUGAUCGUUUCCUACGGCUCUGGCUACGGUGGCAACUCUCUUCUGGGCAAGAAGUGUUUUGCUCUGCGCAUCGGCAGUACCAUUGCCAAGCGCGAGGGCUGGCUGGCCGAGCACAUGCUCAUCCUGGGCAUAACCGAUCCCAAUGGCGUCAAGAAAUACAUCACAGCUGCUUUCCCCUCGGCCUGCGGCAAGACAAAUCUUGCCAUGCUGAAUCCCUCGCUCAAGCAAUACAAGGUGGAGUGUGUGGGCGAUGAUAUUGCAUGGAUGAAGUUCGAUUCACAAGGUGUGCUGCGUGCUAUUAAUCCGGAGAACGGUUUCUUUGGCGUGGCUCCUGGUACCUCUGUGGAAACUAACCCGAUUGCCAUGAACACAGUCUUCAAGAACACGAUCUUCACCAAUGUGGCUUCCACUUCCGAUGGGGGCGUCUACUGGGAAGGCAUGGAGAGCAGUUUGGCUCCUGGUGUGCAAAUUACUGACUGGUUGGGUAAGCCCUGGACCAAGGACUCCGGUAAGCCAGCCGCGCACCCCAAUUCGCGCUUUUGUACUCCCGCUGCCCAAUGCCCCAUUAUCGAUGCCGCUUGGGAGGAUCCAGCAGGUGUGCCCAUCUCUGCCAUGCUCUUCGGCGGUCGCCGUCCCGCUGGUGUGCCACUGAUCUAUGAGGCUCGCACUUGGGCGCACGGCGUCUUCAUUGGUGCUGCCAUGCGUUCUGAGGCCACCGCUGCGGCCGAGCACAAGGGCAAGGUCAUCAUGCACGAUCCCUUCGCUAUGCGCCCAUUCUUCGGCUACAACUUUGGCGAUUACGUUUCCCAUUGGCUGAGCAUGGAGAAGCGCGGCCAGGUGCCAAAGAUCUUCCAUGUUAACUGGUUCCGCAAGAGCAACGAGGGCAAGUUCAUGUGGCCCGGAUAUGGUGAGAACUCGCGCGUACUGGACUGGAUCUUGCGUCGCGUCAACGGUGAGGCUUGCUUUGAGGAUUCGGCCAUUGGUCGCAUUCCUAGUGCCGGAGCUCUCAAUUUGGCUGGCAUGAAGGAACAAAUCGAUCUGGCGCAACUCUUCUCGCUUCCCAAAGAGUUUUGGACAGAGGAGGUGCAAGAAAUUCGCCACUACUUCGAGUCCCAAGUGGGUGCUGAUCUGCCAGCUUCAGUCUACGAGGAGCUCGAGCAGCUGAGCCAGCGUAUUGCUGCGCUCUGAGUAACUGAACUGGAAAGACAGAGAGCCGGAUUGCAACUAAGAAUUUAGCCUGAAAACUUAUUUACCCGCCUUCGCAAAAACCAUAUGUACUCACAACUACCCUUCAGCCCCAACUUCCGCAACACCCCCUUUCCCAACUUAAAAUCCCAACACCCCCAAAUUAACACCCACUACUACCUUACCUUACCCUAAAACGCUUACGUUUACCUUUUAGUCGUUUUCAAUAUAGCAUUUAAGAGACAGACUUCCAAAACUAUUUAUUUUUAAGAACUCAUUUAUAAGAGUACACAAAUUGUUUAUGUUUAAGAUAACAUUUAAAUUAGAAAGUGUAACGCAGUAAAAUUCUGCGUCACAAAUUGUAUUAGCUCUAAGAUUUUUCUAUUUGUAUUAUUUCUUGCACGGUUUUGAAGAGUGCCAAUUUUUGUUACUAGUCUUAAGGUUCCACUACUGUUAUUAGAUCUAAGGUUUCACAUUGAAGUUUCUAUGCUACUAGAUGUAAGUUUCAAUUAUAUUUCACCGCACUACAUACAGAAA